CAUUCUGGCUGCCAUAUUAUUUAUUCGGGGCUUCAUGCACCUGGCUUCUGCUGCAAUGAGAUUGAGGACCUCUGCAUGCCUUGACCUGCUUAAAUGGCAGGAUGUACCAGGUAGCCUUGCGAGAGAGCUCUGUGAAAGGACCUGGGAUCAAAGAUAAAUAUGGAAAAGGACUCCUGGAACAGCUCUGCGAAGUGGGGCAGAAUCUGGAUGCUUGUCAUGUUUGAGAGUGGGAAGAUGACAUUGUUUCCAAGAAAUGUGAUGCCAGAGCAGAAAUCAGAAAGGGAGGGCACAAAACAGUAGGAUGUUCCUUGUUCCAGCAGCUGUCUACACUAGAGAGAGGCUGCAGAUAGACAAAACUCGAAGCUGGCUGUUUAAAAACAGGGCGGCUUCUGUCCUGAUGCAUCUACAGGUGAAUUUGGCAUGACUGAGGGAAGCUAAACCACUUUUUUUUUUUUUUUUUUUUAAAGGGUUUGUGGUGUUUUGGAAUGAAGAAUAGGUCUCCUCUCGUGGUUUUAGCGUUGUCUUUGUCCUAGGACCUAGGAACAUCUCCAGCUGGUGGACAUCGCACCAUCCCAGAGAAGGAGCCUUGCUAACAUUUUGCCCAUUAAUCCCCACGUUGGUGAUCAUCAGACAUCUGAGGUGUGGAGGUUAAGUGACCUGUGUCAACAGAGUACUUCUGCCAUAAAAAAGCAUUUCAGUUCAAAUUUGAUAAGGGGAGUUUAGCUAAAUAGGGUUGAAAUUCAGUGAAGAUGAAACAAAUUUUGAUUUGGGUUAAGCCUAGAGGUGGAUCUGAGGUUGAACAUGGGCCGCUAGAGGUUUUUUGGGCUCCCUGCUGUUGUCACCUUGAGUCGACUGAUCCAGGCCGAGCAACCCAAGUGGCAAACACUUUUUACAAUGUAGUCGCACCCCUCCUGCUGAGAGAGUGUUACAACGUGAAAGCAGAAUUUGGCUUUUCUGAGCCCAGUCCUGUGCUGAGAAUCUUAAGGAAACCAUCCCUUUUUCCAAGGAAGGAGUAAAAGAUUGCUUCUCCUUGUAUUUUUGCCUCUAGAAAUCAAGGGUAAGCACCAUAUUUGAUCUUGGCAUGUGGCUGACAGCAGCUCACUUCACGUAUGCCUGCCACAAAGGAGCAAAAACCAGAGCCUGAUUUAGCAGUACAUUUUCAUCCUAAGUUCUUUGCAGGUGGGUACCUAAUUACACCCCAUAAAGGUUGGCUGCUCAUGAUCCAAAAGGCUGCAUCUAAAUCAGAUGGCAUAGAGCAGAGUGCAUUGCUUUUGUAUCCUUAAUGUACAGGUAAGGCCUGCAGAGACUACAAGGUCUGAUGUGAGACCCGUGACUCCAUCUCAACGUGAAGCACAACAGGCCAGGAACUGCCGUUUCAUGGCUGCUUAUUAACUCAUGCAAGUGGUCAUACAACUGCUAUGUUUUGGUCCUUAGAUCUCAGCAUCUCUACGUUCGUGUUUGAUGGGGAAUGAAGCGUCUUCAGUACAACGUACCAUAGUGGCAUUAAAUGGAGGACGGGACUAGAUAAGAGAGAAUGUAAGAAUUGGCCUGAGACGCAAGUUACACCAGAAAAAGUUUUCCUCUUUGCCUGUUGACUAGCUUUCAGACCAAAAAAGGGUUGGGCUCUUCCCCGUGCCAUGGCGGGCUGUUUCUGCUGCUGCCGUAAGUGCCCCCAUUUCUUGUCGGAGGAGGACAGAGCUGCCGUCCUGGCAGACAAAGAAAUCCAAAAAAUACUGCGGGAACAGAAGAAGCGAGACAGGAGGGAGGUGAAGCUGCUGCUGCUGGGCCCUGGCGAGAGCGGGAAGAGCACGUUCAUCAAGCAGAUGAGGAUCAUCCAUGGGGUGGGCUAUUCUGAAGAGGAUUGCAAAGCAUUCACCAAGCUGGUGUAUCAGAACAUCUUUGCCGCCAUGCAGGCCAUGAUUGGGGCCAUGGAGACACUGCAGAUCCCCUAUGCCCGGCCAGAGAAUGUGCACCAUGCCCAGCUGGUCAUGGGAGUGGAUGCCUAUAAGGUAGUGAGACUCAGCGAGCCAUACGCCAGUGCCAUCGGGGAGCUGUGGAGAGAUGCCGGGAUCCGGACGUGUUACGAGAGACGAAGGGAAUAUCACUUGCUGGACUCUGCCUUUUACUUUCUAUCCAACCUGGAGCGUAUUGUGGAAGACGCCUACAUCCCCACCGCGCAGGAUGUCCUGAGGAGUCGGAGGCCGACGACCGGCAUCAACGAGUACUGCUUCUCAGUGAAGAAGGUGACCCUCAGGAUUGUGGAUGUGGGAGGGCAGAAGUCGGAGCGCAAAAAAUGGAUCCAUUGCUUCGAAAAUGUGAUUGCCCUGAUCUACCUGGCCUCUCUCAGUGAGUACGACCAGCGCCUGGAGGAGAACAGCCAGGAGAACCGGAUGAAGGAGAGCCUGGCUCUUUUCCAGACUGUCCUGGAGCUGCCGUGGUUUCGAAACGCCUCGGUCAUCCUCUUUCUGAACAAGACCGACAUCCUGGAGGACAAGAUCGCACGCUCAGACUUGGCCGACUGCUUCCCUGCCUUCCCAGGGCCCAAGCAGGAUGCUGAGGCUGCAAAGCACUUCAUUUUGGAGAUGUACACACAGAGGUACAAGCAGUGCUCAAGUGGACGUGGGCCCUCCCAGACCUCCAAAACCAGGUGUCUCUACCAUCACUUCACCUGUGCCACAGACACGCAGAACAUCCGCAAGGUCCUCAAGGAUGUCCGGGAUGUGGUCUUGGCCAGCUACUUGGACGAUAUCAACCUCCUGUGAUGAGACGGGCUCGGGCAGGGCUCUGCUGGGGAACUAGCUGGGUGUCGGGACAGGAGGCUUUGGCUGCUGCUCCUCAUGCCUGGCUUGGGAGGUAGGAAAGAAACCAGCCAGGGCAACCUUCAUGCUGGACAUGUGAAAAGAACAGCUCUUGAGAUCUCCCUGGUUUGGAGACCCUCGGUGGACCAACUUUCCUGAUGACCUCCUGCAGGGAUCCUUUUCAGAGCUGUCUUCAGAGACCCACUUCUGGCCUGCCUCUGGGUCGCUUUUAGCCUCCCUGCCUUUCUGAUGGGGACUGAAUGCCCCUGACUUUGUGCCUAGGAUUUGGCUCCAGAAAGGGCUCCUGUUCCUCUCCUCCGGGGUUAUUCUCAUUUUCCUUGCCAGGGGAGGGGCUGCUUUGGUAGCCGACCCAUCUGCAAAGCACUCAGGGCACUGAGGCUGUUUGUAGAGGCUAAUAAAGAAUGGAGA